AUGCCUCUGCACCUGCUAGGCAAGAAGUCAUGGAACGUCUACAACGCCGCCAAUAUCGCCCGUGUCAAGGCGGACGAGGCCGCCGCUGCGGCGCGCGAAGCUGCCGAGGAGCAGCGCAUGCAAGAGCUUGAUGCGGAACGCAGAGCAGCCAUCCUGCGAGGGCGUACGCCUCCACCUCUGCCGGCAGACGUCGCCGACCAGGAACGCAAAGCAAGGAGAACAGAACGGGGACGGGACGGUCAUGAUCGCAAGCGUAGGCGCCUUGCGGGAGAGGAUGAUACGGACCGAGACAUACGCCUUGCACAGUCGAUGACGGGUCCCAAAGAUGAUGGAGAUCUGUCUGUCUUGAAGCUGCGGAAACCUGAGAAUGAGGCACCCCUGACGGAUCAUGCGGGCAAUAUCAACCUGUUUCCAGUGGACGUGAAGGAGGCUGUAAGGAGGGAAAAGAAUGCUGAAGCCGAGAAAGAAAAGAGCAAGAAAGAGCAAGCUUUUGAGGACCAAUAUACUAUGCGAUUGGCGAAUGCGGCUGGUAAAGGAAGCUCAGGACAGCCGUGGUAUCUCAACGGAAAUGCAGCCGCGCGGAGUGACAAGGACGAGGGUCCUGACAGAAGCUUACAAGUACCCGGAUUUUCAGAUAAAGAUGUCUGGGGGAAUGAAGACCCUGGGCGGAAGGAGAGGCAGAAGGCUCGCAUUGCGAGUAGCGAUCCUCUAGCUUUCAUGAACCAAGCGCAAAUACAGUUGAAGAAAUCGCGAGAGGACAGGAAGAAAUGGGCCGAGGAACGGGAGCGGGAGCUGAGGGAACUUCGAGCGGCGCAAGAGAGAGACGAACGGAGACACAGACACAGGAAGCGAAAGAGGCGGGAGGAAGGCGAUGCUGAGCCCGCUGCGGAAGAUGGAUAUUCUGAGCGGCGUAGCUCUUCGAAGUACGAACACCAUAGGCGGAGUCGCAGUCGAAGCCCAAGGAGAAGACAUGAAGGGAACGCCAGCCACCGUCAUGGUUCCAGACGUAGCCGCAGCCGAAGUCGCGAACGAGACCGCAAACUCAGACGCGCGUCCUCUCCGCGUUACCUGUAA